AUGGCAACGCCGUCUCACCGGAUUCCAACACGUAGCAGCUUCCGAUGUGUGGGGCGAGUUGAUGGACGCAUCAUCCUGCGACGUGGCACCACGACGCAGCUGGAUGGAAAGGUGGAAUCCAUGGACUCCGCCGCAGCGGAAUCAGUUCUCAGACAUCACCGUGGUGCACUUCCGGGGGAUAUUGACGCUCGACCUCUUCAGGUCGUUGUGCGAUCUGCAGUACAACCAGCAGGUGGAUCUGUUAGAGGAUUGUGUUACGAUGCAGGCCGUGGUGACCAUGCGUGGACCAAGUGGGCGCGGAAUUACAACUGCACGCUGCUCGCAGAGGAGGUUGUCCAAUUCGUGUCCGUGCUCGUCUGGGGGCUUUCGGAGGGCAAAGGGGACCUGCUCCACUCCGCAAGCUGGAUGAUGUUCAGCUUCAUCGCGCUGGGGCGGCUGAUGCAUGAUGCAUGCAUCUUCGGCCUGAACGUGGCAUAUCUUCUGUUCCUCGACCCAAGCGACCGUGCCCUGACAAGCUCGGGCGAUGUCUUCAACUGGCCGGCCGUUCCCGGCCACGUCCUGUCGUGCUACCUGUUCGGGACGGGGUGGACACUCGCAGUCAUUGACGACGUCCUGGAUAAAGAGGCAUAUCUGUUCUGGUUGGGCGUCGCACUUGUGUGGAAAUGGUGUGCCAUCAUAAGCAGGUUGCACACGACGAGCGUGAUCGGGCAGUUGCUCAUCCCUAUCAGGGACGUCUUCUGGGAGCCCCUCAUACUUGCGAUGCUGGUCGUGUUGAUCCUUACUGUACUGGUUGUCAUGGCGUUCGUCUUUAUCGUUUGGAAGGAGGGCUCAGCAAGUCAGAUCAGAGGAGCGGCAAUGAACACAUGGAUCAACCUCGUCAUAGGGGAGCCCGUGCUACUCAUGGGGGAGGUCCCCAACGAGUUCGACUACCCGUGGUCCCAGUAUGUCAUGAUCAGCAUUGUCCAUUUGGCCAUCACCAUCGUGUUGAUGAACGUGCUGAUGGCCAUGACAAUGGAAGCCUACCGUGGGAUGGGUGUGAAGGCACGUGGCCGGCUCUUGAGGACACAAGCCGUGGUAUGCCGCGUGACGAUGUGGAAGCGAAGAGUCUUGCUGACUGUGUUCUGCAACUGGCUCGGGCUGAACGCGAACAAGGCCCUGUUCGCCAUAUUCUCCUUCCUGGUGGUCUCCACAGCCGCAGUCCUUCUGGUGACGGAGGUCAGGAUGAUGAUUAUUCUGCUGAUGUACGGGGGGGCCGCCGAGAUGCUACUGACGCUGUUUGUGCUGCUCCUCCAGACGCCCGUCAAGCCCGCGAACGCGACCCCGGAGCUCAAGUGGUGGAUCGAGCAGAACUACCUCUGGAUGUGCACACCGCGGCGGGAGGACCCCAGGUCGGACAGCGGCCACGCGGAGGCGCCAGGGUCCGCGAGGCUCGCGGGCGAGACGACCCCCAGGCUAGAGGCCAGCGACGACGACGACGACGCCGAGAUCGACGGCGAUGCUUCGCCACGGCGGCUCCUGUCAGCCCAGUUCGCAAGCACCCGCGCGGAAUCCGCACUCUCGUACCGCAGGAACUUGAGGGGGCGGGCCUCGGACUCCGCGUUGGAAGUGGACACCUCGUCGCAGAUCAUGGUGGCAUUGAAGAUGUUGCACGACCGGGUAGAGGAGCUCUCGAGGCGGCCAGGGCCCAGCCAGGGUCCAGGCGAGAUCGUGUGA